UUAGACACAAAAUUAUCCAUUUUUGAAACCGGAAUUAAAGUAGUAGAUCUUUUAGCUCCUUAUCGCCGUGGAGGAAAGAUUGGACUCUUUGGCGGAGCUGGAGAGGGUAAAACAGUACUUAUUAUGGAAUUGAUCAAUAACAUUGCCAAAGCUCAUGGCGGUGUAUCCGUAUUUGGCGGAGUGGGGGAGCGUACUCGUGAGGGAAAUGAUCUUUACAUGGAAAUGAAAGAAUCCGGAGUAAUUAAUGAAAAAACUAUUGGAGAAUCAAAAGUUGCUCUAGUGUACGGUCAAAUGAAUGAACCGCCUGGAGCCCGUAUGAGAGUUGGUUUAACUGCCCUAACUAUGGCGGAAUAUUUCAGAGAUGUUAAUGAACAAGACGUGCUUCUAUUUAUCGACAAUAUCUUCCGAUUCGUCCAAGCGGGAUCCGAAGUGUCAGCCUUAUUGGGUCGAAUGCCUUCCGCUGUAGGUUAUCAACCGACCCUUAGUACCGAAAUGGGUUCUUUACAAGAAAGAAUUACUUCUACCAAAGAAGGGUCUAUAACUUCUAUUCAAGCAGUUUAUGUACCCGCAGACGAUUUGACCGACCCUGCCCCUGCUACGACAUUUGCACAUUUGGAUGCUACGACCGUACUAUCAAGAGGAUUGGCUGCCAAAGGUAUCUAUCCAGCUGUAGAUCCUUUAGAUUCAACGUCAACUAUGCUCCAACCUCGGAUUGUUGGUGAAGAACAUUAUGAAACUGCGCAAAGAGUUAAACAAACUUUACAGCGUUACAAAGAACUUCAGGACAUUAUAGCUAUCCUUGGGUUGGACGAAUUAUCCGAAGAGGAUCGCUUAACUGUAGCAAGAGCACGGAAAAUUGAGCGUUUCUUAUCACAGCCUUUUUUCGUAGCAGAAGUAUUUACCGGUUCGCCAGGAAAAUAUGUAGGUCUAGCAGAAACAAUUAGAGGGUUUAAAUUGAUUCUUUCUGGAGAAUUAGACGGUCUUCCCGAGCAAGCCUUUUAUUUGGUGGGUAAUAUCGAUGAAGCAACUGCGAAGGCUACGAACUUAGAAAUGGAGGGGAAAUUGAAGAAAUGACUUUAAAUCUUUGUGUACUGACCCCCAAUCGAAUUGUUUGGGAUUCAGAAGUGAAGGAAAUUAUUUUGUCCACUAAUAGUGGACAAAUUGGAGUAUUACCAAAUCAUGCACCUAUUGCUACAGCUGUAGAUAUAGGUA